AUGACUGAUCCCAGCCCCAUCCAGGCAGAUGGCACCACGGUGUUCUGCAAACUCUGCCUCAGCGACUGCCCUGUGCUAAAGACCAGCAAACUCCUGGCCUGUGAAUGUGUGUUCUGCUCCCAGUGUUUGCAGCAGUAUGUUCAGCUGGCCAUUCAAGAAGGCGGGGGUGCCCCUGUUACUUGCCCUGACCUUGGCUGUCACAGUUCGGGAGUUCUUCUGGACUCAGAGAUUGCCUGUUUUGCUCCUGAGGAUCAAGUAGAGCUCUACCAGCGUCUUAAAUUUGAAAGAGAGGUUCAGCUGGACCCCAGUAAGGCUUGGUGCCCAGUGUUGGAAUGCCAGGCUGUGUGCAGGGUAAUGCCCAAUGUGAAGGGUAAAGCAGCACCCGUGCUCUGUCCCGAGUGCCAUGCUGUGUUCUGCUGUGGCUGCAGAGAGACUUGGCAGGAUGGACACUCCUGCUCCCUGAGUCAGCCUCUGAUAUUGGUUUCCUCUGCAGAGGACAGUGCACAGUCUAGCAAUGACUCAGAGGUAACCAUUAAGCAGUGUCCUACGUGUGGGGUGCACAUCGAACGCAACCAGGGCUGUGCCCAGAUGCUGUGCAAGAGCUGCAAACACACCUUCUGCUGGUACUGUCUUCAAAACUUAGACGGUGACAUAUUCCUCAGACAUUAUGAUAAAGGACCAUGUCGAAAUAAAUUGGGACAUUCCAGAGCCUCUGUCAUGUGGAACAGAACACAGGUUGUGGGCAUCUUGGUUGGUGUCAGCAUUAUUGUGUUGGUGACAUCACCGCUGCUGCUGCUGGCUUCACCAUGCAUCCUGUGCUGUGUCUGCAAGCCAUGCAAAGGAGAAAAAAAGAAGAAGAAAAUGAAGAAGAUGAAGAAAGACAAAAAGCUUAGAAAACCGGAUUCAGCAGCAUAA